AUGGAAUUGGAACAUGGAAGUGGAAGAAAUAAGUGUUUAGAAACUCGUGCUGAUGAAAGUGGAAGCAGUAAGCAUUCAGAAAUAUCUCUAAGAGCUUUUGAUGGGAGCGGAAGCCGUAGUUCGUUUGAAAAACACCUCGAUUCGGUUGAUGGAAUCGAGGCUACUGACAAUAGCGGAUCAAUUAGGCGACAAGACACUCAAUUAGAUGUUGUAGAUGAGAGUGGAAGCAAUGAAAAGUUAGAAAAUCUUGAUGGGAGGGAUAGAAUUGAGUCAUCAACAAUACGAGUGUCAUCAUCAUUGUCGUCGUCGUCAUCCUCGUUGUCGUCGUCAUCAGAUUCAUCGAUUGAUCAUUCACAUGAUGAAUUUACCAAGUCUGCAGAACAUGAUUCUGGUGCUAAACCAACAACAAAAGAUGAUGAAAGCAGUGUUGCCAGUGGUAGCUCUUCCAAAUCAGAAGAUGAUGACACGAACCCUGCAGAUUCGGAAUUGACAUUUCAAGUUUCUGAUGUCACACAUGAAUCCCCGGUUCAUCGUAUGGUAUCCCCGCCGGUUCAAACAAUGGAACAGCCUGAAGGUUAUGAUCCUCUCAGGAUUCCCUCUUCCGUGUUUGAAAGUAAAUCCACGACGCCAAUGGAGUGGAGCGUUGCCUCUAAUGAGUCAUUGUUUAGCCUUCAUGUAGGCAAUUCUAGUUUCUCCAAAGACCAAUUCUACAUGUUCAGUGACUUUAAGUCGGGGGAACUGGCGAAAUCAGGUGAGAUAGUUAUAUUCAGCCCACCACCUACACCUAGUCCUUCAAUUCCUGAGGCAGAAAUUGAGAUAAAUAGUCUUGAAACGAAGGAGUCCGCAGGAGCUAAAGAGUUGACAGAAAACCCCAUCAAGGAUGAAGCAAGGCAAAGUGCAGAAGGUUCAAGCGCAAAAAGGGUACCACGUCCGGCAGUAUCCUCAAAUUCCUCCGGCCAUUCCCACCGUUCUGAAGAGAGUGAAACCAGUGCGCGCUCUUUCGCCUUUCCAAUAAAGAAAAAGAAGAAUUUGCAAGGAGUGUUGAAAAGUGAAUCUAUGAGGCCGGAGAAUGAGAAGUUGCAUUCCGAGGUGGUACUAGCUGCAAAAAAGGCUUCAAAAUCAACUACUGCCUACAAUUGGUUUCUAGCUGAGAACUGCAUCGUGGAAAUUGAGAAUUGGGAAUUCGUUAAAAACCGAAUGUUGCAGUUGUUAGCUGUGAUACUGUGA